CGAGAAGUUUCGACGUAGAGAAAACGAAAGCGAGGUAGGAACCGUCGAAGGGGAUCUAUUGUUUCCACCGUAGCUCCGCACCUCUUCCGGUGGUCAUUGAAGCAGAUAAGCAGGACAGGAAAUAGAUCUGGAAAAAGAAGAAGCCAAAGAGCUCGGAGUCUUUCUCCCUUGUGCACCGUUGUCUUUCUCUAAUAUCCGUUCACUUCUCGUUCAACAGCGGGAUAAAUCCCGCAUCGAACGGCGUUCUUCACAAUCCUAGGUAUUUCUUUUCUCCCUCAAUUUCAAUGCAUUUGAACUCGGACCUUCGAUUUGUGAAUUGUGGUAAUGGACUAGUCCAAGGGGCGGCGGCCUUUAUUUGCUUUUGUGGUUAUGAAUUAUGAUGCUAGCAAGAAACUCCAGUGGCCUCUCAUAUGGACUUGGGGGUUUAUUGUGCUGAUUGCGGUUUCUUUUUGUAAUGGAUAGGAUAAUAUACAGUUGCUCGUGAAACAUGUCUUCUGCUCAAGAUCCUUUUUAUAUCGUGAAAGAGGAGAUUCAGGACUCUAUUGAUAAGUUGCUAUCAACAUUUCAACAAUGGGAACGGCUUUCUUCUAAUACCGGAGAGCAAGCGAACCUCACAAAGGAGCUUCUCGCCAAUAGUGAGAGCAUCGAGUGGCAGGUGGAUGAAUUGGACAAAGCAAUUUCUGUUGCAGCUCGAGAUCCUUCUUUGUAUGGCAUUGAUCAAGUGGAACUUGAGAGUAGAAGAAGAUGGACUAGCAGUGCUCGCACUCAGGUAGGUAAUGUGAAGAGGUCAGUGGUUGCUGGAAGGGCGGCAAAUGAUGGGGGAGCAACAAGAUUAAAUGGGAUGCGCAGAGAGUUGAUGAGGCUGCAAAAUUCUCAACAUACAGCUGGAUCCAACCAGUACAUUGACGAUAAUGAUGAUUUCAUACAAUCUGAAUCAGAUAGACAGUUGCUUCUUAUUAAGCAACAAGACGAAGAGCUGGAUGAACUGAGUGCUAGCGUUGAGAGAAUUGGCGGUGUUGGGCUUACCAUCCACGAAGAACUUCUCGCACAGGAAAAGAUUAUUGAUGAUCUAGGCAACGAAAUGGACAGCACAACUAACAGGCUCGAUUUUGUUCAGAAAAAAGUUGCAAUGGUCAUGAAGAAGGCUAGUGCUAAGGGCCAACUGAUGAUGAUAUUGUUUUUGAUAAUUCUGUUCAUUAUCCUGUUUGUGCUGGUCUUCUUGACUUGAGCCGUAAAACCAGUUCGAGAGGGAUAUGAAUCGGGUGGGAGAUCAGCUUUCGAAUGGCGAGUAAUGUUGAAGAAUUGAUGCCCACAAAGCUUGGCUGGAGGAUAUAGUAAUGCCGAUUGAAGUUAGCAGCAGCUAAGCCAACAUGAACAAUAUUGGUGUUUUUUGGUCUGAAUAUUAGUGUUUUUGACCUUGUGUGAAUUGGGGUGUUUUUGACCUUGUGUGAAUUGCCAAUUUUGUGAUUAUUUCGCAGUUGGUAGGGGUGAGCACGUGGUUUUAUGUGGGUUUGACGAUUUAGUACCACCUAGUACGUGGAUAAAUAGAAAAUGGUCCACACCCAUUCAAGCAUUUGAUGUAGAUGUAGGUGAGUUGGGUGAUUGAGGAGAAAGGGUGGUUGGAUGGAUCCAGUGAGUUCACAGCAUAUAUUCUAUAUGAUUACGUAACUAGUUUAUAUUCGGUCCAUUGGCUGGAUUGUUUCAAAUUAUUUUUUUUAGAUGGAAAUCUAAAAUUUCAUUAAACUCAGGUUAAAAAC